AUGCGCUGCCUCAACCUCAUCCCGCUCGCCUUUUGUAGCCUGGCGCUGGCUCAGGUCGACGAUGACUUCAUUGCUGCCAUCCUGUACGGACCCGAUGACUACGAAUUUGAUGUUCUUCGGGACCGCUGUGUCAACUUGAAGAAAACCCAGCCUAUAUUCUCCGAGAUUGAAGUCGGAUACUCCUACGUCUGCGAGCUUUAUAGUGAGCUCAACUGCGCCGACAAAAUUCUGGAGUUCCCGGCAGGCUCGUUCGACAUAGAGGAACUGCAUUUCAAGUCUAUUCAGUGUGAGGUUCCGGCGGAGAUUGCUGGCAACUAG